AUCAUGAAGCAAGUAUGGGAUAUUCUCCAGGACUCGACAAUUGUGUCGAAGAGUGGAAAGGACGAACGGUCUCGUUUCUGGGGGGUGUACAAAAGAGUCGCAGAGGAACACGACAGCGAGUUCCUCGAGCGAUACACUACCGACAUGGACAUUGUCUUGAUCUUC